GUAUGGCCGAAACACACGGUAUGCAUUGAUAUAACGUAACCUUAUUUCGCGAUCGUGAUAUGUCACAAGUAUAUAUAUUUAUAUGACAUAUCGGUAUAUCGAUAAAUAGCCGGGUAUUUGUAAACAUCAGUAUUUAAAAGCGGUUUCGUUUUUUUCUAUGAAAUCUUAAUUUUCUACAAAAUAACAAACGUAAUGCUCGUUUGGCGUACAUCUUUGAAACGAACCUCCAACUUUUGACAGGUUCUUUACUCUUCUUUCAAACAUCAUAUCAGUUAUGAAAGAAUCGUGAAAUUAUGUAAAAUUGUAAAAUCUUAAAAUGUAUACUAAUUAAACAGUAAGCUGUACAAACAGUACUACACAAAAAUGCUUUCAAUUGCUUUCGACGGUUUGAUUAACGUUCAGUCGUUUCAAAUAUUACGCAUAUACACUGAAUGCCUGAAGACGCGUAUUUUAUAACAUAAUUGUACAAAUUGUAAUGUAUAAGUACACAAAAUUUAUAUAUGAAAGUGAAAAAAGUGUGAUAGAGGGAGGAAGGGAAAGAUAAAGACAGAGAUAGAGAGAGAUAAGAAAAAAAUCAAAUACAGGAAAAAAUUUGAAGAAAUUUGAAGAAAUAAGACUACACAUCAGCAGAAAUUUUUAUCCAGUUUUGAUCUUGAGUAUACGACAAACAGAAUUCAUCAAAAUUUCACUGGUAAAAUGUCAAAGACAAAGUGCAUGGAUUCUUCAACAAUGACUUGAUCGAAAGGAACCUCAAGAUACAUGCUGUAACAUGAUACGACCUUUUGUCGAGGAAACUACCUGGUGUUACUGGGUUGUCUCUGUUGGAGCAUUGUUAUCGUUUCUUGGCCUCAUUGUUGCUUGUAUUUGCAGUUGUCGCCGUAAUGAAAACAAGAAUGAAUUUCUUGGCCUUGCUGGAAUGGUAACUCUAAACGAUUCUGACAACGAUGGCAUUAACAGGAUUCCAGUAACAAAUGUCCCAUACGUAUCUACACAAGAUGCUGUUGAAAGUGCAAAAAGAACAACCAGUGCCAAUAGAAGUCUUCCAGAUAUUCCAAAAGACAAGGAAAAGAAAGAUGAAAGUACAGAUGCGUCCGUAUCCCAAAGCAUUUAUGAAACCACUGAAACGAUCGGGGAUCAUUCAGAAUUAUAUGCCACCGUUCGUGAUACAGCGACGAAGGAACGAAUACCGGAAGAGGAGAUACAAGAAAUUUUACACCAAAGGCCUUUGAUUCAAGAAAACUCGGCCGAUCAGUAUUCAAGAUUUACAUCUCCAAAUUCUGACACUGUCGAGCAUCCGUACGCUCAACUUCAAAACGUUCAAAAGACUGAGGUUAAUCAAGCGAUUAGAAGUAACGUGAAACAAAUGAUCGACACCGAGCAACCGUCUACGUCGACGUGUCAAGCUGGAAACGGAAACCCGGUUGCUCCACCGCGAACCCGUCGAUCGUCUUCGCACAAUUCGCUUUUAACUAACGAAACCGCUUCCUAUGACAUUCAAGCGGCUAAUGCCAUAUCAGGUGGAGUACAAGCUAAUCAAGAUCUGCCGUAUAUGACGCCACCGCUUUCGAUGCUAUUACCCCAGUCGUCUCAACCUCGCUCUAACAGUCCGCAACAACAUUUUAGUGGAGACUCUCAGGAUUCGAAAGGAUACACCAGUAUAAGCGUAAGAGAGCCCCUAGCAAACAUCAUGGCGCAAACGAAGACAAUUUGUCGACAAAGUCAAUCUGCCAGACCUCUAACGGAUCCUCAUUAUGCGACGGUGUCGGACGACUCUGACGAGAUGUACGCUGCGAUCGACGAACAAGAGAAAGUGUACACCAGUGGCAGCGAAACGUACGCUCAAAUACAGCCUACCAUGACAGAGGUUCAACGAGUAACGCAAAACGAACAAACAUUGUUUUCUCGAGCUCCGUCACGUUCCGAAGAGACUUACUCCGCUCCGCAACCUCCGAGCGUCGACAGUUUGCGGCACGUCGCGCACGCUCAUUCUAGACAAGCUUCGUCCUCGAGUGCCAACAGUUCAAUCGUAAAUCCUGCAUCGCCUAAACCGGAGAAACGUCAGGCUAAUUCUCCGCUACCACCGCCUCCACCGGUGGAAGGAACGAUGGAAGUGUACGCGUCGAUCGAGAAGAGAACGAAGAACGAAGAACGAUUAAAAUCGAGUCUGUCGAACGAAAAAUCAUUAGAGGAUAUGUACGCGAAGGUGAUGAAGAAAAAGAAAGACGGGGAAGAGCAACAGAACGAAGCGCAUAGUAUUCUGUCUUCGGAGAUUGUUGUCUCUUCUGGUACGUUUCGAAAGCCUAGUCUGGUCGAGAUAAAUAGAGUUUCAUGGUCUAGUCACGAUUCUAUGGAACUGCAAAAGAAGGAGUCCGAAUCCGCCCACUACGCUGCAACAUCGAACAAUUCUAUCGGUAACUUUCAUUCGGACAUUGCCGUUUUGAAAUCGGUCAGGAACAAUGAGAACGCGGACAGCAUAAACUUCGGAGUCGAGCACGGUUACGAGGCGGUCGCGGUUGAUUUGCCGAAAAAUAAUCCAACUACGAUUCGCGAGUCCUGCGAUCCUAAUUACGAGACGCUACGUUCGCAACAGUAUUCAGGGAAAAACGUGGAUUACCAUCAAAGCGCCGGCGUGGCUACGGUAGCCGUAAGAAACGGUACAGACUUACCAACAGCUUACACGGUACCGUUCAAGCCGAGACAAACGAGCAACGCUAGCAGCGAAGAUCCUGGAUACGAAAAGGUGAGAUUGCGGAAGAGAAGAAUCGAGGUGGAUCAAGACACGGACUCGGAACCGAAUUACGAGAGUAUGCCGCACGAUCCAGGUGAACCUAAUUACGCGUCCGUUUGUCGACCAGGCGACAGCGACACGGAUCCCAACUACGAGUCGGUCAAUCACGGUGAUCCGAAUUACGAGAGCGUUAAAUAUUUAAGCGUCGCUCGUACCAACGAGGAACCGCCGUACGAACAAGUGAACUCUUAUAAAACCGAACACAAUCGAGACGGAUACGAGAAAGUGAGAAAGCAGUUGUCCAACACCGAUUACGAAAGGAUAUAUCAGGAUCAUUCUAUGGACCUGAUCGAUAACGGGGAUACCGACGACGAACAAUACGUGCAAGUAUAAUUACUAGGCGGGUUAUAUCAUUGCUUCGAUGAUUCAUUUCGGUUCAUGACCUAAGGAGGCCUAAAAGCUACACUCCAAUCUACGUUAUAUGCGGAUCUGUUAAAUCGACACACAUGUAAAUUGUACGAUAAUCUUUUUCUCUACUUUUAAACCAUCUUCGUUAACAAGCGUAUUUUAUACCGUCUUUUUUUCUCUUUUUUUUCAUAUACUCGUUCUAUGUUCCACUGGACUAUUCUUUGUUCUCUUU